AUGGCGACGUCCUCGCGGCCUGGGACCUCCGGACCUCCGAGUCCACACGGCGGGACCUCAGGCUCGGCGGCGGCAGCAGCUCACGAGGCGACGCCGGCCAAACCCACGAGGAGCGGAAGAAGCCGGGCGCACCUGACCGGAAGGGGGAGGGACGAGCGUUCGUCCCUAAAACGUCCCCGGAAACAAGACCUCACCUUUGUGGGCCGCGGCGGACUCUCACGCCCCAGCGGCGCAGACAGGCUCCCCGCGUGCUCGCCGGGCGCCGUGGGCGGGGUGGCGGAGCUCGGGGCCAAGGGUGAACGAGGCGGCGCCGGGCGUGAGGCCGCGACCUGGGCCCGGCCCCGCGGGAUCUCGGGCGGCUGCCCGGCGCGCAGCUCCCGGGCCGCACAGCCCCUUCGGACGUGGCGGCCCCGGGCUCCGGCCUCGCGCACGCCGCCCCCUGCCGGUGGCGCCCAGGGCCGCCGCGUUCCCCGGGCGCAGGCCUGUCCUCCGCGCCUCCGGGCCGCCGGAGCGAAGUUCCCCCGAGGCUGUUUCCCCGUGAAAGCCCCCUCUGCCCACUCGAGGCUCCUUCCCACCCGGUUUUUCUGUGUUCUCACGAUGUGUGUGUCUUCGUUCCAUCUGUACUUGGGAGGAUUCCGUGGACAGUAUAUUCGUUCAGCAGACACUCAGUUAUCUCCUACUGUGUGCCAGGCCUUGGGAAUACGCCGACGAUAUUCCUGCCCUAGCUCAGCUCAUAUUCCAAGGCGACGUGUGAAAAAAAACACCUAAUUAAUAUUGUUUCCAGUACCAUACUGUUCUGAAAAACAUAAAGCUGGCAGGGUAGGCAGGAAAGCUGUUUCACACGUGCUGGUCUCUGAAUCCGCUUUUGAAAGUAAGAGUUGAGCAGAGACCUACAUUAAAGGCAAAAAACUGAAGGAAAGGCAGGCUGGUGUGAUCAGACAUCACCUGGAAGAUGGUGAAUGAUCCGGAAUCUGAUGAGUUACAGACAUGGAGGCUGACCAGAUGUGGAAGAUGGGGGACUCUGGCUAAACCGACUUUCCUGCUAAAAUUGAACAAUCAGAUACGAACAGGAAAUCCGAAAUUCCAGGCCUAGUUGAAAAAAGAUUUCAGAGGAGCCUGAGUAGAGUCUGGUCAAGGAGAGAAUCUUGUCACCUGAAUGAAAGGAGAAAACCAGGCAUGACAAGGAGCUACAGGUAGGGUGAAGUGGGGUAUAUGUGUGCAGGUACAUGAAUUUAAUCAACGAAUAUAGCCACUGAAAACUAGAUUAAAUUGUAAACAAGAAUGGGUGACCACAAGAUCCCUGAACCUAGGGGCAAGGCUUUUAAGUGUGUGAAAGCGCAUUCCGCGUCAAUCUACACAAUGAAGGGCACCCUUGUAGCAUCUACUCUGGAGGCACUACUCUACUGAGAACUCCGGUUAAUCCAUAACCUUUGCACCCUACUUCUAUACGAUAACCGUUUCCUGUGACGCCAACUUACACCCACUCUACCCAGGUUCCGAAAUCCGGCCCAGUGCAAGUCAUCAUCCUGAGUUCUGUGUUAG